CUGGUGCCCGCCGUCAGCUGGCGGCGGCCUGAUGGACCACACUGAGUUCCGGAGGCGGGGCCGCCAGAUGGUGGACUACAUCGCCGACUACAUGGAGACCCUGCAUCUGCGCCGGGUCACGCCAGACAUCGAGCCAGGAUACCUGCGGGAUCUGAUACCUUACGAUCCACCAGAGCAGAGCGACACCUGGGAAGGAAUCAUGAAAGAUCUGGAGAAGAAGAUCAUGCCUGGGAUGGUGCACUGGCAGCACCCGCAGUUCCACGCCUACUUCCCGGCCGGCAACUCGUACCCCUCGAUCCUGGCCGACAUGCUGUCUGGGCUCUGCGUCGGCUUCUCUUGGGCAGCCAGUCCGGCCUGCACCGAGUUGGAGACCAUUGUGCUCGACUGGCUGGGAAAGAUGAUUGGUCUGCCCGACCAGUUCCUCUCCUUCACCGAGCACAGCAUGGGAGGCGGGGUCAUACAGACGUCAGCCAGCGAGUGCGUGCUGGUGUCGUUGCUGGCGGCACGCGCCCAGGCCAUCCGCCAGCUGAAGAAACAGCACCCGGCGGUGGAGGAGGGCGUGCUGCUCUCCAAGCUGAUGGCCUACUGCUCCAAGGAGGCGCACAGCUGCGUGGAGAAGGCGGCCAUGAUCAGUUUCGUCAAACUGAGGAUUCUGGAGCCGGACGAGCGCUUCAGUCUGCGGGGCGCCACGCUCAAACAGGCGAUGGACGAGGACCGCGCCGUGGGUUUGGUGCCGUUCUUCGUGUCCACCACGCUGGGUACCACCUCGUGCUGCUCGUUCGACCAGCUGGACGAAGUGGGGCCUGUGUGCAAGGCGGCUGGUGUUUGGCUACAUGUGGACUCGGCCUACGCCGGCAACGCCUUCAUCUGCCCCGAGUUCAAGCCGCUGAUGAAGGGCAUCGAGUACGCGAUGUCAUUCAAUAUGAACCCAAACAAGUGGAUGCUGGUAAACUUUGACUGCUCCACUAUGUGGGUGAGGGAUCGCUUCAAGCUGACCCAGGCCCUGGUGGUGGACCCACUCUAUCUACAGCACAACUACUCGGACAAGUCCAUCGACUACAGGCACUGGGGCAUCCCUCUGAGCCGCCGGUUCCGUUCGCUCAAGCUGUGGUUCGUGAUACGGAGUCACGGCGUGGAGGGCCUGAGGCGUUACAUCCGCGAGCACGUGCGCCUGGCCAAGCGCUUCCAGGGCUACGUGGAGCGCCACCCCAAGUUUGAGCUCAUGAACGAGGUCAAGCUGGGUCUGGUCUGCUUCCGCCUCAAGGGUUCAAAUGCGCUGAAUCAGAAGCUUCUGACCAACAUCAACGCCUCCGGCAAGCUGCACAUGGUGCCGGCCUCCCUCAACGACAUCUUCGUCAUCCGCUUCUGCGUCUGCGCGCAGAACGCCACGGACAAGGAUAUCUUGUACGCCUGGACAGUGAUCACCAAGUUUGCAGAGGAUCUUCUGGCAGAGGAGAAGCUCCUGCCGGACGGCGCGCUUGGAGAGACGCUGGUCGACGUGAAGACCAACGGCCCUGAGCAGAUCUACACCGACCUGGCCAAGAAGAGCCGCGAUGCGCUCAAGCAUAAACGGUCGUUCUUCGUGCGCAUGGUGUCCGACCCGAAGCUGUACAACCCGAAGAUCGUCAAGACGCUGCCGCGGACGGACACGAACGGCACCGACUCGGACAGCGAGCCGGCCGCCGCCGUCCGCAGCCCCAGCCUCGCCGCAUGGAAGGCUGGCGCCUCGACGCCCGACCUGGCGCUGCCGUGCGGCGCAGCGCGCGGCCAGCCGGCCGGCGGCCUCGUCUUCAACCCGUUCAUGCUGCUCGGAAGGCGCACGCUCAGCGAGUCGGCCGUGCUGAAGCUGCCGUCGCCGGUGCUGGAGCACCAGCCACCCGGCGCAGAGGGCGAGCGCCGAGGAGCAUGAAGAUGCCUUCUAAAAUCGACCCAAUCAUCGAUGAAAUCGUGUUCUGUGCUGAUCAUGCAGAGCCGAUGGUGCUGCGAUUUAACGCCGGUGGCUGCGUUCUGGGCAAAAUGGUGUAUUGAAAAGACCUACGGAAGCCUAGAUUAGCUUUCGCUGGGUCUAAUGUUUGUGCUUGGCCUACCAUUGCUUGUUUUGGAACAGUCUGUAUGUGUAUAGUUAAGUAUGAGUGUGCCGUUUACCUAAGCUUGCAGGCUUUUCUGGCAUAGACAUUCAAGUUAGUGGAGCUGUAUAAAAAGAGCUGUCAAGGUAGACGCCGAUGAAACUUGGCCUCAUUCGGUUUAGGAUAGAACGAUCGAUUACAAACGGGAGUGACAACUUUCAGUUGUUUUUUUUUCGACGAAGGCACUGUACGCGUUAGGUACCGUUAGAGGGUAGUUCUUGG